CUAUUACUCUGACUCUGGUAACGUGACUUCCUGGUAACGUGUUAGGUAGGAAAAGCAGUAAAAAAGUGCAUAUUAAGGGAGCAGAUUUGAAAUAAUAUUUAUACUUAACAAGAAAUAAUUAAAGGUUCAAUGGGGAGACCUAAAGAUUUACGCAUAUGGGAGCACUACCGUACUUUACCAAACAAGUCUGUUUCUUGCAAGCUUUGUAAUAAGGUCUACAAAUUCAGUAAUGCUGCCAAAAUGCUUCAACAUCUUAUCACUUGUCCAAAAUCUCCAGAAACAUUAAAAGACUCUAUGAAACUUAUAAAAGAUAGCUCGUCCAAAACCAAAAUGUCUGGACUGUCAGAGAUAGAGACAAAUGAUUCUUUUAUAAGCCCCUCGUCGUCUGCUAACACUACAAUAAAUGCUGAGUUUCAAGACACCGAUGAUCAUAUAAAAACAGAAUUAGCGAGAGCUAUAUUUGUAACAGGGACGCCAUUAUCGAUGGUGCAACAUCCUUUAUGGAUACAAUUUUUCGAAAAAUUGCAACCAAAAUUUAAAAUACCUUCACGUAAAGCUUUAGCGACAAAAUACUUAGAUAAAAUAUAUAGAGAAAUGCGUUUUGAGUUAAAUGAGGAACUAAAUGCUUGUAGUUACUUACACCUUCAGUGCGAUGGCUGGUCUAAUUUAAGAAAUGAAGGAAUAAUAAACUUUCUUAUAUCAAAACCUCAACCUGCAUACGUUAAAAGUUUGAAUACAGAAAGUAAUCCUCACACUAGUGAAUACCUUAGCCAAGAAGUUGAAAAAGUAAUGAAAGUGUAUGGAGCAAAUAAGUUUCUUGUACUUAUUGGCGAUAACGCUAGAAAUAUACAAAAGGCAUUCGAAUUAACAAAACUCAAAUAUCCACAUGUUGUUCCUCUCGGUUGCUGUGCACAUAUCCUUAACUUGUUGUGCCAAGAUAUUGUAAAGAUACAAGAAGUAACUGUGUUUAUUAUGCAAGCCAUAAAUAUAAUAAAAACUGUUAAAAGGAGUCAACGAUUAAGUUCCUUGUUGAUAAAAUCAAGGCAGGGUGAAGAUUCUACACAAACACUAAAAUUGCCUUGUGCUACAAGAUGGGGAAGUCAUGUUACUUCGUUAAAAAGUUUGAAAGCAAAUAAGAUAGCUUUGCAAAUAUUAACAGUUAGAGAAGAUGUGGUAAUUUCAAGAGAUAUUAAAGAUUUAAUUCUAAGUGAUGAUUUCUGGACGAAGACAGGGGAAUGUAUAAGUAUUUUGGAACCAGUCACUGAAAGCAUAUUUUACUUAGAGAGCGACCAGAAUCGUUUGCAUCGCACAUACAUUACAUUUAGAGAUGUACAAGCUAAGAUACGUUUUGCAUUAAAUGAGAUUUCGACAUUGAGCGAAGAAAGCAAACAGCAGAUUCUAACAUCAGUAUCUUCAAGAUGCAAUAUGGCAAUGAGGCCAAUACAUUUUGCAGCAUAUAUUCUAGACCCCAGGACUCUAGGAGUCGAACUUACUCAAGAGGAAGAACUUAAGGGUAUGGAGUUUAUCUACAAUUUAAGCCAACACUUAAGUUUGUCAAAUGUAAUGGCAGAUUUGGCGUGUUAUAAAGCUAAAGAAAACUUUUGGGCCAGAGGAUUUGUAUGGAGCUCAUUAGAUAGCAUUGAGCCCCUAAUAUGGUGGAAAGGUAUUUGUGGUUCCACUGAGUUAAGCAAAGUAGCGAUUCGUAUUCUAUCAGCUCCCUGUACUUCGGCAGCCACUGAGCGUUCCUUUAGUAUCCAAGGCUACAUACAUAAUAACAAAAGAAAUCGACUUACAACUGAAAGAACUGAAAAAAUUUCAUUCAUUUGUUAUAACUGGAAUCUUAAACAUAAAGCUGAAUGCGAGGACAUUCAGUUUAAUGAAGAAAAUACCUUAGAAGCUUUCAUUGAGCAAGUAAAUGAACAUAACAGUUUAGACGAAAUAGAGCCUAUCGAACCUAUACAAUUCAUCGCUUGUAAUAACUCUGAAUCUGACAGUGAUUGACUGUAGUUUUACAUUUUACUUUCAUCUCUUUCUUAAUAAACUCAAAAUCAAAUUAAAAGUUUUUUAUUCUGUAGGCUGCAUAAUAAUAUUGUCUAUGUCCAGUAUAGUGGACGUCUUGCGGCUGAGAUGACGAUGAUGAAGUACAAAAUCAUAAACACCCAAAAAUUUGGGUGUUUAUGGGGUUUAAACCCAAUAAACCCAAAACACCCGGUUUUUACCCACCAGACUUUAAACCCACCCAGGUGGAUUGCC